UUGAAGUUACAGAAGAAUCUAAAAGAAAGAGCUUGAUUUUGAUGGGGUCAUGGAAUUCAGUUUCGUUGGAAGUGUUGUAUAAUGUUUUUGGAUGGAUUGCGUUUGUCUUAUGGUCUAUUAGCUUUUAUCCUCAAGUCGUACUAAAUUUCCGUAGGAAAAGCUCUGCUGUUCAAAGGCAAUACCAUCAUUGAUAUGGCUCUAACGAGAUGAUACCUGUAGCUGCCAACGAUGUGGCUUUCUCUACUCAUGCGGUUGCUUUAACAGCAUUUACCUUAUUUCAGAUUGUUAUUUAUGAUCGUGGAAAUCAGAAGGUCUCAAAAACUGCUAUAGCAAUUGUCACUGUUGCUUGGUUAAGUGUUGCAGUUUGUGUUUUUGUGUCUUUCCCUAAGCAUUCUUGGCUAUGGCUAGUUUCCUGCUUCAACACAUUGCAGGUUGUUAUGACAAUAAUUAAGUACAUUCCCCAGGUUGUUAUGAAUUUCCGGCGAAAGAGCACAAUUGGAUUUAGUAUUGGCAACAUUUUGCUGGAUUUGUUUGGAGGUUUAACAAAUUAUGGGCAGAUGGCAGUGCAAUCCAUAGAUCAACAUUCUUGGGUUAACUUUUAUGGAAACAUCGGCAAGACCUUAUUGUCAUUGGUGUCGAUAUUCUUUGACAAUCUCUUCAUUGUGCAACACUAUGUGCUCUAUCCUUCUAGGAAAGAAGUUGCUUCUCUUGAUUUUGAUGUGGUAAGCAAGAACCCAUUACUUAAAUCUUCAGAUCAUCCACAUACGUUACUAUAAAAUGUUUAUUGUAUUGUUUGAUAAAGUAUGCAAAGAUAUGCCAAGUAAAGACUAUAUUUCUGCCUGUAU